AUGGGUGCCACCAGAAGAAUCAAGACAAAGCGACGCACAAGAGACUACGACCAAAUCCGUCAAGACCUCGCCUCAAGGAAACAUCUCCAAGACUUCAAAGAUACCAAGGACGCCGAAGAUCUUCCUGGCCUAGGACAACACUACUGCGUCGAAUGCGCAAAAUGGUUUGAGACUGAGCACAAUCUCACGGCGCACCGCAAGGGAAAGAAUCAUAAGAGAAGAUUGCGCAUUCUCAAAGAAGACGUGCAUACACAUAAGACGGCCGAGCAGGCAGUGGGCUUGGGCGUCGAUAAUGGCAAGCGAGAGCAGACAUUGAUGGAUACCGAUGAACCUGAAGCCUAG